AUGGCAAUGAAAUUCAAGGCCACAGACACAAAGACUGUUCUCCUACAAUUACUGCUGUGUCUGACGAUCUUCUAUGCUGUAUAUUACGUUAUAGGCAUCAUAUUCUUUGGCGCUUUCAGGCUCGAAACAUAUGAUGAGUUCAUGCCAUUUGACUUCAAAACAGAACCAUCGUACUCAAGCUCAGAAUACAAGGUCAAUCUGAUCUCAAUGGAGUUGACCUACUUUGUGUGUGGGCUGCUGUUUGCUGGGGUAGUUAAAGAAUGGAUAUGGGAUUAUGCGAUUACAGUCACUCUCAUUCAUGUUGCAGUUACGUCGACAAUUAUGGCUGAAUUUCCACUUGUCUGGCAGUGGUGGCUGGCUCUCGGUUGUGCUCUAUUAAUAAUGAUCUGUAGUGGACAACUUCUUGUGCAUUUUACAUUUCAAAGCAACCUUAUUUAUCCAAGUCUGGAUGAUUUUUAAUCAGAGACUGCACUUACAUAAGAGCAGCACUGGAUGAACUGGAUCUGCCGUUCGUUUCUACUGUGGUUGGAUUGAGUUGAAAUCUUUCUGUGCAUCAAGUGUACAGUUGAU